AUGGACGACCCUACCCCUCAAACAGUCGCCCAGGCAGUGCAGGCCGCAACACAACAACAGGCCCAGCAGCAGCAGAUCUCAUCGCCGCCAGUCCAGCCCGUGCAGAGCGCGCACAGCAGCGCCAUCGACAACUUAACAUGCCAGUGGCAGGGCUGCGGCGAGCGAUGCGACACAGCAGAAGCACUCUAUGACCACGUCUGCGAGCGCCAUGUCGGGCGCAAGAGCACCAACAACCUCAACUUGACCUGUCAGUGGGGCGCCUGCCGAACCACCACCGUCAAACGCGACCACAUCACCUCACACAUCCGCGUUCACGUGCCGCUGAAGCCACACAAAUGCGACUUCUGCGGGAAGGCGUUCAAGCGCCCGCAGGAUCUGAAGAAGCAUGUGAAGACACACGCCGAUGACAGCGUUCUUAUGAACUCGCCCUCGCAAGGCAACAACCGCACCAACAUGGGUGGCGGAGGAGGUAUGGGCAUGCAGAAUGGAAAGCCAUAUGGCUACUCACCAGCUCAGCAUGAUGGAGGCAUGGGCAACCCAUACCCUGCCUACCAGCCCGCCAUGGGCAACGGCGCCAACGGCUACGCUCAACCAGCUGGUAACGGCCAGUACGCUGGUUAUGGUUCCGUCAACUACCCCGCGAACAACAUGCAAGAGAUCCAGAGCAUGGACACCCGGCGCCGCGCCAUCGAAGCUCUUAACGACUUCCUCGGUGACAUCAAGCGUCGCGCCAUCGACCCGGCUGCUUACUACGACGUCGGCCAGAGGCUGCACAGCAACGCGCUCCCACUCCCAGUCGGCAACGGCUACAACACCGGCUACAGCCAGCCAACCGGCAACUACAACAACAACUACAACACGGCUAGUCUGCUCGAAUCCUUCACCCAGGGUGGCAACAUGGGUGGCGGUGGUGGUGGCGGUGGCGGCGUGUCGUUGGCGUCUCAGAACUACUCGCUCCCGUUGCCUAACGCUCGCACUAAGAAUGAUCUGCACGACAUUGAUCGCUUCCUGGAGCAGCUGCAGGCGACGGUGUACGAGACGAGCAACCACUCCGCCGCGGCAGGCAUCCAGCAACCAGGCGUCCACGCCAUGCACACCGGCGACAUGGGCUUCGGCAACCACCAGGCAGGGUACCGCUCCAGCAACAGCCCGCCAGGCUACAGCAACGGCGGCAGCAGCUCCGGAGAUAUGCAAGCAAUGAGCAGCGGGAUGAACAUGCCAAAUUCGACCGCGACCGCCUUGGACACGCCAGCGCUGACUCCAGCAGCAUCCGUCUCCUCCUACGCAAGCUCGGGUCACUCGCCGAUGAGCAGCCACAGCAGGUCCAGCCUUGGUGGUCUCGGCUACCCCAACCUUCCCUCCGUCACCGGCAUGUCUGACCUAGGCGCUGGCUACCCAACCACAACAUCCGCGCCUGCUUCUGGUCUUGCUUCCGGCUUCGAAGGUCUAGACGGCCGCAGGUAUAGCGGUGGUCGCCUCCAGCGUCAAGCACCCGCUCAAGACACCGAGAUGGCCGACUUCGAAGAUGGCUCCCGCACACCGAAGGCUUCUGACAAGCGCUCGAAGAGCAAGGGCUUCAGUAGCAUUGACCCUGCUCUCCGCGGCGAGGACGAGAAGUCUUCCUCCGACUCCGGACAUGGCUCCGAAGGCGCCGACGACAAGCGUCAAGAAGAGUGGGUCGAGAACAUCCGCGUGAUCGAGGCGCUCAAGAAGUGGGUCGGCGAUAGGUUGAAGAACCAUGAGUAUGAGGACGAGGAGGCGCAGGUGAAGCAUGAGGGCGGGUCGGAUAGCAGUAUCAACAUUGCUAAGCUCGUGGAGGAGAAGAUGGCGGAUGCGGAUGGCGUGCGCUACCCUUCUCUGCCGUCGUAG